AAACGGAGCGCGAGAGCAGAGCGAAGUGCAGUCCAGGGAGGAAAACUGAAGGGAGGAGAAACCAGGGAGCAGGAGAAAGUCAAGCAGAAGGAGAAUAAAGAGCUGUGAGAGAAAAACAUCUGGAUUAUUUACCAAGAAACGUGAAAAACAGCCGCGUGACAGCGAGUUUACCACAAAGCUGACAGGAAGUUUUUGGAGAGACGAACCAACAGUCCGUGGAGAUACUGGAGAGACACACCAACUGUGACUGGUCUGAACAGUAUUCACUCCAUCUCCUGAAAUAAAAGGCGGCUGCAGACCCACCCGAGCUCCUCUGCUCUGAUAUCACUUCGUCGUUUUUUUUGGUUCGCAGCCCGGUGUUUGCACCGGCUGAUCUCCAUGUAUAAGAUGGAUUACUCCUACCUGAACUCCUAUGACUCCUGCAUGGCGGCCAUGGAAGCGUCGGCCUACGCGGACUUCAGCUCGUGCAGCCAGGCCAGCUCCUUCCAGUACAACCCGAUCCGGAGCGGACCCUUCUCCAACCCGGGCUGCACCCCGCUCAGCACGGCCAGCUGCACCCUGGGAGCCCUGCGGGAGCACCAGCCCACACCUUACUCCUCAGUCCCUUACAAGUUUUUCUCGGACCCCUCCGGCCUGAACGAGAAGAGGAAGCAGCGGCGCAUCAGGACCACCUUCACCAGCUCCCAGCUGAAGGAGCUGGAGCGGGUCUUCGCCGAGACGCACUACCCAGACAUCUACACCCGAGAGGAGCUGGCGCUGAAGAUAGACCUGACCGAGGCGCGGGUACAGGUUUGGUUUCAGAACAGGCGUGCCAAGUUUCGUAAGCAGGAGCGUGCAGCCAACGCCAAAGCCAACAGCUCUGGUGGUACCACAGGCAGCAGCUCCAGCAGCAGCUCUGGAGGGAAGAAGGGCGGAGAGCUGAGAUCUUCAUCCGAUGAUGACGAGUCCAAAGAAUCCACCUGCAGCCCCACACCUGACAGCACGGCCUCUCUGCCCGGCUCUGCCAACGGAAACCUGGGCAGCCCUGCCAGCCUGAGCCCCAGCCCGGCUCCUGCCAACAACGGCUAUGUUAACACCUCCAGCUCUCCGGUCCUCCAAGGGCUGAAGCCGCCCAGCUGGUCCAGCCUGGGGCCGUCCAACCCGGCCGUGGCCCAGCCCGCUGCCCAGACUCAGGAGAUUCUGAAGGCCUGGCAGCCGGCGGACAGUAUGACCGGGCCCUUUGCCGGAGUCCUGUCCUCCUUCCACAGAAAACCCAACCCCGCCAUCAAGACGAACCUGUUCUGAAGCACAGAGGAAGAGGAAAUGAGAAACAAACUGUCGACUGGAGCAGUGAGGACUUUCUAGCUUUUGUUGAGAGAGUCAGGACUUACCCAUUAUAACACUGAAUUCACCGGUGCAGUCAGAGGCCCUCUGUUACUCUCCAAAAAACUAUCCUCUCAACCUGAUUCAAAGCUCAGAUAGUAAAGUCAAAGGUCUGAUCACCAUGUCUCACCCCAAAUUAUUAUGCAACUGCACCUGCAAAACUCUGGACAUGGUCAGUUUUCUUCCAGCGAUGAAUCACUUUCACCCCAAAAUCACUCUCCCUCAGAUAAAACUCAAUUUCAUGAUGCAACACUCUGCAUGUACAGACCCUUAAACGUCACUGUCAAAAGGAUUUUAACCAAAUCAGAUCUGCUUGGACUGAUAAACAUAUCAGACACACAUUCAUACCCAGCCUUUGUCUUUUCUUGCUAACUUAAACUCACAUUCCCACACUCGCUGCAUUGCAUCAGAGCCACAGCACUCUGAUGAGCAUGGCGGUCAGGUACGAGUUUAAAGCAGAAAGCUAAACAUCACGCUCCAGUCUCUGCUGGGGAAACAAAACAAACUUUUACCCUCAAGCACAACUUCCUCUAAGCUCCCCUGACACACAGAACAGGGUCCCCCCCCCUAAGUCUCUUUGCCGAGCAGAGCAGGGCACCCCAAAAUCCAAUUAGAGCCUCCGGGUCCAGACCAGACACCUCCCCAAGUUCAUCCCUUCUUCCUCCUUCUUUACUGUAUCCAGUCCUGACUCCCCUGCGCUCAUCCUCAAUGUGAGCCCUCGCCCCCCCCCCCCCCCCCCCCCCCCUUCCCCCCCCCCC